AUGGUGUCGGCCGCAGCUGCAUUUGAUGUAUCCAAGUCUCCUUUGCUCUUCAGUGAUGCCGGCGUCAAGUUCAACAAUGAAGUUUAUGUGGAAAUGUUGGAUGAGAAAGUGUUACCCUGGGUCACAGAAACCUUUGAUGACCGUUACACCUUCAUUCAAGACGGGUCUCCGGCCAACACAUUCAAUUUAACACAGAGAUGCAAAGGGCAUUUCAGCGGUUUUUGGGACAAGAUGAUGUGGCCUCUCUCAAGCGCAAACAUCAAUCCCAUGGACUUUGCUAUCUGGUCUAUCGUAAAGAGUAAUGUUUCUGCUCGCUCCUAUUCAAAUGUGUCAGAUCUGAAGAAAGCCCUUCUGUCUUCAUGGAUCAAGUUGGACGAAGAGGUGGUACGGCGCACAUGCAACUCUGUGACCACUCGUCAUUCUGAAAUGUAA